AUAAAUAUACCCCAGGAUCCAUGAUGAUGACUAACCACUGAAAGGCAGUAUGACAUCACCAACCCUGCCUUUAAAUAAUAAUGGCAGGAUUUAUUUGCUAGUUGUUGUUACUCACACAAAUGCAAGCCGCUUCGAACACUGUAUGAUUUCCCCAAAGGAACAAAAAUUACUUUAGAUCGUUCAGUUAUUUGCAACCGCUGAGAAACACAAAACAAUUGUGUCCGAGUUACAGUCUGAAACAAUGUCUUUCAUCCCAGGACAACCAGUUACUGCCGUUGUGCAACGAAUUGAAAUCUGCAAACUCCGUCAGGGUGAACAUUUGAUCCUGGGUUUCAGCAUUGGAGGGGGAAUAGACCAAGACCCUGGUCAGAACCCCUUCUCUGAAGACAAGUCCGACAAGGGCAUCUAUGUGACACGGGUGACACCAGGGGGACCAGCAGAAGUUGCAGGCUUGAUGAUGGGAGACAAAGUAAUGCAGGUAAAUGGAUGGGAUAUGACCAUGGUGACACACGACCAGGCACGCAAACGGCUGACAAAGAAGAAUGAAGACAUUGUGCGGCUACUGGUGACCAGGAAAUCGCUGGAGCAGGCUGUCAGACAUUCUAUGAUGUAAUGACGCCAAACAGUAACAGCGGCUUGGUGACCUCAUUGUCUUUCGAACAGGUGGCAUCCCUCCAAUGCAACGGUUGUCCUUUAGUGCAGACGGAGUUUGCUAUCUGACGUAAGACAAUGCCAGUGACCGAGAGCAUUGUAUUCCAAAUCUUUUCUCACAUACUGUAAGGUUGGGGUGAAUUCCAUAUCAAUUCUGUCAAUUCAGGAGAUGGAAUGAAAUUGAAAAGUGCCAUUUAUUUUCAUGAAGGAUUCCAGAGUUGAUGGAGUUGAAAUGGAAUUGAUCAUGGCCGUACUCGCAUAUUCCCAAACAGGGUACACUCCAUUUAUAUAAUGUCUCUACAAUUCAUCAGUAUGGUUCUAGUUAUUGGGAUUAUUAAUGCCUUAACUAGCUGACUUGUGUAUUACUUAUUCAGUUAUUAGUACAUUUCAUUUCAGUUAAUGAUCUGUCAUGAUUUGAUUUACUCAUCAUUUUAUAUCUAUGUUUUCGAGUCGAUGUCUCUACAAGCCAAAGGAAAACAAUGCAAAGGAACUAUAGAUUGAUAAAUUGAACCAUGUCAUGUGGUGUAACUUCCACAUAUUUAGCAUGUGCCGUUUUGUAGUGGUGAUAGAGGUUGUUAUGCAAACAUACGCAUACAAAGCACAUAUGGUAAUUUCUAGCAUUUAUCUGCUACACUAAUUUGUGUGUUUUCUAUAGAGGCUUCCUGUUUAUAUGACUUAUGUUUUGAGUUUAAUAUAUGGCUUUAAUGACAAUUUAACACUGAAGUGCUUAACACCGCCUUGUGUUGUGGGAAAUUAAUGAAUAUUCAUCAGGCUUGGAUGAUAUAUUUUGGAAUCUUUAUUUUGGUGUCAUCCAUGUUGUGCAUCUACCAAAGUAACAAGCACAGCUGAACUGCAUGCUUUAUAUUUCAUUUUACAAUAUUGUAGUUCAUGUCUACCAAAUACUGUAAUAUUAAUUUGAGGAUUUUAGUUUUGUAUGUUGUGCAGGAAAACAGUUACUUCCCAAUCAUCUGCAUAUAGUUAAUCUGGUGUUGCCAUCCUUGCCUUGAAAUCAAGGCUGGGGCAUAGUCAACCUUUUAAUAAGUGCCUUCUUUAUCAGGUUCAUAUAGAGAAAGUGGCAUGUUGGAUGAUCUUAGACAGCUAGUUGCACACUGGAAUAGUUUGGACCAAGGUUGAAGGAUCUAAUGAAUUGAGAGAGAAGUUUGAUACACCACAGCCUUAAAUGAAACUCUAGUGAUUGUACCACUAAAUCUUGAUGGUGCCGAUAGUGUUUUUAUAUUCAUGCACUUUUCCAUUCCUAUAUAGUUCAAUGAUAUGUGAAUUUUAUCACUGCCUCAGCCAUGCAAUACACAGCAAUACAUCACUGAUUUAAUCCAAUCUUCUUAGUUCCUAUUAAUAUGGAUAAAAAAUAAAGUAAAGUGAAGUCGUAAUGCAGAUUCCAAUGGUACCUAAUAUACAUACACGUUGUAGUAUGUUCUACUAAUUUAGUAUUUGGUAUGGCUUUGUUUUUGUUAGCAUUUAUUUUAUAGGGAGAUUAUCAUUAUAUGUCAUUGGCAGAGUGACACAUCUAACUCCACACCCAACUUUUUAAAGAAUAAACACUUCAAAAGACUGCCAAACCUUUUGAUAAAUGUAGUCUUGCAUGAAUGUUUUCUAUGAAGUCGAUUUUUAUCUACAUGUCGAUUGUUAAAAUAUCUUAUUUUAUUUGUUCUCCAUAAGUACUCCCGAGUAUAUGAGGAAAACCUUUGAUUUUACUAUUUGGGCAUAUGAUUGUAUACUGUACACUUUUCAAAUGUCUUUAACAUAAAUCAAAAUCAACUGAAA